AUGUUAUCUAGAAGUAUAAGUUGUUCUUUAAAGAGAACUAGUCAAACUCUAUUAAAUUCAACCACCAGAAAUUCAAUUAAAUUUUCAAAUGUUUAUAAGAAUACUCCAUUUCAAAUCUGUAAUUCAAUUAGAUUUGCAUCAACAAAAGUAAAAGUUCCAGAUAUGGCUGAAUCAAUUACUGAAGGUACAUUAGCAUCAUUUAAUAAAGAAGUUGGGGAUUUUAUUAAUCAAGAUGAAUUAUUAGCAACAAUUGAAACAGAUAAAAUUGAUGUUGAAGUUAAUGCACCAGUUAGUGGAACAAUUAAAUCAUUUUUAGUUGAACCAGAAUCUAAUGUUGAAGUUGGACAAGAAAUUGCAGAAAUUGAAGAAGGUGGUGAAGCUCCAGCUAAAGAAGAAUCAAAAGAAGAAUCAAAGGAAGAAAAACCAGCAAAAGAAGAAGCACCAGCAAAAGAAGAAACACAACCUAAAAAAGAAGAACCAAAAAAAGAAGAACCUAAAAAACAAGAACCAAAAAAAGAAGAAGCUCCAAAACCUAAAAAGGAACAACCAACCAAAAAAUCAGAAUCAUCAAAAGAAUCAUCAACCCCAACUUUCACCAAUUUUUCAAGAAAUGAAGAAAGAGUUAAAAUGAAUAGAAUGAGAUUAAGAAUUGCUGAAAGAUUAAAAGAAUCACAAAAUACUGCAGCAUCAUUAACUACCUUUAAUGAAGUUGAUAUGUCAAAUUUAAUGGAAAUGAGAAAAUUAUAUAAAGAUGAAUUUUUAGAAAAAACUGGUAUAAAAUUAGGUUUUAUGGGAGCAUUUUCAAAAGCUGCAUGUUUAGCAGCAAAAGAUAUUCCAGCAGUAAAUGCUUCUAUUGAAAAUAAUGAUACUUUAGUAUUUAGAGAUUAUACUGAUAUAUCAAUUGCAGUUGCAACUCCAAAAGGUUUAGUUACACCAAUUGUUAGAAAUGCAGAAUCAAGAUCUAUUUUAGGAAUUGAAGAAGAAAUUUCAGCAUUAGGUAAAAAAGCAAGAGAUGGUAAAUUAACUUUGGAAGAUAUGACUGGUGGUACUUUUACUAUAUCAAAUGGUGGAGUAUUUGGAUCAUUAUAUGGUACCCCAAUUAUAAAUAUGCCACAAACUGCUGUUUUAGGUUUACAUGGAGUAAAACAAAGACCAGUAACAGUAAAUGGACAAAUUGUUUCAAGACCAAUGAUGUAUUUAGCAUUAACUUAUGAUCAUAGAGUAUUAGAUGGAAGAGAAGCUGUUACUUUCUUAAAAACAAUUAAAGAAUUAAUUGAAGAUCCAAGAAAGAUGUUAUUAUUAGAAUAG